GCUGUCAGUCUGCAGCUUCCCCCACGUGGUCAGGCAGGGCGGCGUAACCACGCCACUUAAACGCGCAACUUUUAGAAAGGAAAACAUCUGAUCCAAUCGUAUCCCUGCAGAAACUCCGGCGUGAGUCUUCUCUGGUUGGUCUCCAGACUACUCCCAUCUAUCCGUGGUUCAAACCCUGCGCGCUCUGCCGCUGCCUCUUACUCCGGGACUAAUUUAGGACUGCGCCUUGAAGCUUGAGCCCACUGUGUUAGAAGCGCUUUUUACUUCACCGAACUUUAUUAUAAACUUGUUGACGGGACUUUAUCCACAAAAGAAGGAUUUUCAGCUCUUUCUGGUCACCGAUAGGAGUUCUGAAGAUGGAUCGCAGCAUGGAGACAACCAACAGCAGGUCUAACGGAGAAGACAAGGCUGUGUGUCAGUGUGCCACCAAGUCCGGGGUCCAGCGGUGGCCGCCGGGCUUUCCCAUCGCUCUCUGCCUGCUCAUGUCUCUGAGCUCUAUCACCGUGUGUGUUCUGAUGAGCUUCAGGACCCACCAGCUGGAGAACCGGCUGCACAUGGAGAUGGACAAGGCGUCCAUCCUCCAGGCUCCGCAGAAGUCUUUCAAAAACGAGGAUGAGGCCCUUAUUUCAGAGCUCAGCGCCCCAGUGAGAAUGCUGGUGGAGGAGAAAGUGGCAGCUCUGAUGCCAAAAUUGCGGACUGCUAGGGAUGUUGGCCAAGAGUGCUCCUGUCCUCCAGGGCCUCCAGGAAAACGUGGACGGAUCGGAAGAAGAGGGGAACCUGGGCCUCCUGGCAAGGCUGGACGGGAUGGAUACCCGGGUCCACUUGGCUUGGAUGGCAAACCAGGUUUACCAGGUCAAAAAGGAAACCAGGGCCUGCCCGGACCCAAGGGAGAGAAGGGUGACCAAGGAGACAUUGGGCCAAGGAUGGUUUUCCCUCGAUAUGAUCACAGCUUUCUCGCUGGAGAGCAGUCCAGCAGCUUUCAGAGACGCUUUCUGAAGGGCGAUCAAGGUCAAGCCGGACCUGCCGGGCCUCCUGGUCCACCCGGUCCUCCUGGCCCCCGUGGCCCCCCAGGGAACACCGGGAAGGACGGGCCUCGUGGUCCUGCUGGAGAGCCGGGUUUGCCUGGUCGGGAUGGUGCUGAGGGACCGCAGGGAGCACCUGGGAAGCCGGGAGAUGAUGGAGAGCCCGGUUAUCCAGGAGUGCAGGGUCCUCCGGGGACGAAGGGGGAGCCAGGUACUGGAGAGAAAGGAGAGAGAGGCAUGAAUGGACUCCCAGGAUUAAAGGGUGAUAAAGGAGAAGCAGGAGAACAAGGACCAGAGGGACCCAUGGGUUAUCCUGGUGAAAAGGGUGCUGCAGGCUCUUCAGAUAUUGUCGAUUUCAACGGGAAGCUUCUAGAUGCUUUUCAGGCCAUCAAAACCAUCAGUGUUUCGGGCCCACCUGGACCACCUGGACCACCUGGCCCUUCAGGGGAAAAGGGAGAGCUUGGAUUGCCUGGGCCUGCAGGAGUAGAUGGAGAAAAGGGACCCAAGGGUGAUGCUGGUGAAACCGGACCUCCUGGUGAGAGAGGAGAGAAAGGAGAGAUGGGUCUAUCUGGACCUGCUGGGGUGGAUGGAAACAAAGGGGAAAAAGGUGACUGCAGACUGGACGACAACCUGAUUCAGAUGAUCUCCCAGCCGGGUCCUCCUGGUCCUGCUGGUCCUCCAGGAGUACCCGGGUCUCCAGGAUCCAUGGGGCUGCAUGGAAUGCCCGGUCCAAAGGGGGAGCCAGGAGUGGGGAUCAAGGGAGAAAAGGGGGACCAUGGGGCACCCGGAUACAAAGGGCUAGACGGCCACCAGGGUCCACCUGGGGCUCCCGGGUUAGUGGGCCUCCCAGGUGCAAAGGGAGAGAAGGGCCGACCGGGGGAGCCGGGACUAGAUGGUUUUCCAGGUCUGAGGGGAGAAAAAGGUGACCGAGGGGUAAAGGGAGACAAGGGCGACAGAGGGACGGUGGGGAAGAGAGGUCUGAAGGGUAACAAGGGAGAACAGGGUCCUCCAGGCCUGGACCAGCCCUGUCCUGUGAGCUGUGAUGAGAGUAAAGAUCAGUCUGUGAAGGCAGGGCUUUCUUCCCCUGAAACUGCUCCUCUUCCUCCUCCUGGCCCUGAGGCCCCCUGUCCUAUGGGACACGAUGGGCUUCCAAUACCAGGCUGUUGGCAUAAGUGAUGACUAACCAGCAGCAUGGGACCUGUACAUAUUGAUAUGGUAUAUUUUGCAGCUGUAUACUACCCCAACAACCUCUUUUUCUCCCUUUUUUAAAAUAAAAUCCUAUUAUAUAAUAUAUUGAAAGAUAAAGAAUGAGGACAUUUUUUUUUUAGCUCCUUUGAACUCACAAUUCAGUGUAAAAGCAGCCAUGAACUGACAUUGGGACUUUUAGUUUGAAGGACAGUCCAAAUGUCAGUGCUGGAGUAGAAGAGUGCCCCACUAACAAAGUGUGACUGAUGUGUUGUAAUCACAAGUGGCGUAUAGGAGCUGUAUGAUGGUGUGUGCACUCAUCCAAAUCUCACCAAUGGAUGGAUGUUCGAAGGGUUGGGAUUUUUUUAAGCAGAUGGAGGAGUGUGGUAUCAGUGCUCUCUUGUCCUCUCUCUCUCUGUGUUUUCCACAAGGAGGAAAAGGCGAGGCAGAAGCUCAAACGCAAGCGUCUCUCUCAGCCCUGAGAGGAAUGGAGCCCGGCAGGGAGAGGACACACAAAUGGGCAGAAAGAGUAAAAAGCCGAUUUUUAUAUCUGAUGCUUCUGCGUCACAGUCAGAUAUUGCGCUACAGAGACUCUCCAGGAGGGGGCGACAGAACUCUGCAUUUCCACAUUCACCUCUGAUGGGAAAGAAACCUGUUGCUGAUGAUGUUGCGCAGUAGCUUGAUAACCAGUUGAAGUUUUCUUGGAGUCGCUGACGUCUCUGGCACAUAAGGAAAGGAAUUACUGUGCAGAUACUUUGUUGUGAUAAAAUGUCGAAUGAGAUUGUUGUAAAAUAUUAAUGCAUGGCAGUGUUGUUUAGCACCACGACAGCCUGUGGGACUUCUGAUCAAACCCUGACACAACAGAAUAUUAAUUUUCAUUCGUAAUAAGCAGUCUUUACAUAUAAAAAAACAUCAUUAAGCCAACUAUUGUAAAGCUUACAUUUGUGUGUUGUUUUAGUUUUGCAUAUUUUUUGUUUUCAUCUACAGUUUGCAUUCCUGUGUAUUGCCUUGAUUGCUGAGUAAAAUUUGAAGGAACCAUUUGCAGUAAUUUAGAUUAAUCAGUGUUACUGUGGGAUAUAAUUGCCCUCAGCCGAUGCGCUUUGAACUCCUCUUUGCGCUUCAGCUAUAAAGGAAGGCGGGUUGGAUUGCUGCUUUCAGUAUUUUGGACAACAGUAGAAGUUUUUUGCUGCUGACUUAAAUGUGUGUUUGAAUUUAUUUUCUAUAUAUUUGUGAAUAAUCCUUAGCUCUGGAUAUAAGAACCAAUAAACUUAAUAAUGUAAUUUGGAGCCAAAUAUAUAUGCAGUAAUUCUUCAUUGGUGACAACUUUCAUUUUCUCUCAGCAACGUGUUAUUAUCCUUGCUAUCAGGUGACAUUUGUGAUGCUGACAACCUUUUUCUCAGAUGGAAUCAUUUCUUGGUGCUUAAGUAGUUUUAUUGCAAAUCUUUAUAGUGAGCAGAGGCGGCUCUUGCAUUAAUGGUGCCUUGGGUGAGCCCUUCCUCUAGCAACGCCCAACCACUCAAAAUACAGGAAGUCAGAAGUCCUUUUCGAGAUAAAAUGCAUUGCAAUCCCCCGCAAAGCAUGUAAAAUACUCCUUCUAUACUCAGGAGCGAGCCAGGAGUGCCAACGCUUUGUGGACAGCAAAUGUAUAAAAGCAAUAGAAAACCUUUUUUUAAAUUAAUAGUUUGGGGGUUUUUUUGUGUUGCUGGUGCAACCCACCUUUCUCAUGCUGCCCUGAUCCACUGCCCAUAUGGCCCAUUUCAAAAACCGCCACUGAUCACCAGUCUUUGAAAACACACAUCUGCAGACGUCAAAAACCUAUUUACGAUGGAAUUUUAUCUGCCUUUUACUCAUACAUCGUUAAAUAUUACAAUAUAUUUGGAAACCUAAUCAGAAUGGACACAGCACACACAGAUACAUUGGUGGACUUUUGUGUACAUCCAUAUGUGUGAUAUGAUGUUUUACCUGCUUUUUACCUUAUAAUACAUGCGGUAAUUCAACACUGACAAAAAUUAUUUCUGUCUCCGUGUUACUGCAGUUUUAAGGAGAGUUACAUGAAUUGGUUCAGGUUUAUUUGGAACUGGAAAAAUUUCAGCGCCACCUGCCGUAGAACUAAAACCUGUUCUGUCCUGUUAAAGUGUAAUUUGUUUUGUCAUUUAAAGCAAUUAGACCGUGAUAAAUCUUUUUAAGAGUAUGUUUGUCUUUAAUGUGUUAUAUAUUCCCUGUAGAAUCCUGCUAAAAACAAGCAAAUCUCUUAGAGGGAAUGGCUAAAAAAAAGCCCAAACAACUAGGUUGCAUCUGAAGAAACGUCUCCCCAGAGUGUGAUGCUACAACCACCAUGUUUUACUGUGGGUAUAGCGUUCCUUUGGUAAUGUUCAGUGUUUUUUUUUUAUGUCAAACUUAUGUUUUAGAUUUCCACACCCAAAGUUCAAGUUUGGGUUCUUCAGACCAUAAAACAUUUUCCAACAAGGAUUUAGGAGAUUUUAGCCUGAAUAUUUUCUUUCUAAGAAAAGGCUUCUGUCUUGCAUUCCUUAGUCCAGGCAGAUUUUUCUAGCCUCUCUGGAAACUAUGGCUUUAGCCAAAGGUUUCAAAUGAGUAAAAUCAUGAGUAGGAACGAUCCUUCUAGAACAGCUGAACCUUAUCUCAGAUUAUUCAGAUUAAGUAUUAGUUUAAGUGCGUGCUCAUUUAUGCAACCAGACUAUUGCAGCUAUUUUUUAUUUCUCACAUUUCUGCCUCUAACAGAUUUGCCAAAAAACUGAGAAUGUUCACAGUAACAUAAACAGAAAUUUCUCAUUUGUACAUUUUUAUUUCCUUAAACUGAGGUGAAUAUUAAGAGAAACUCAUUUUGAAAUGUGUGUGUUGAGUGAAACUUUAAAAAUGUUAGUGCAGAUAAUUAAUAUGAUCCUUAGUGCUAGAGUACACAAUAACUAGACUUUUUUUUGUUCUUUCUUGAAUGUGUUUCUAAUCUAAACCAGUUCUGAUAUUGGAUUGGACGUUUCAGGUUUUUACAUCUUGGUUUAUUGGUGUGGAGAGAAUCAAAUCUGUAAAAUAUUCAAGGAAGAGAAGUCCUCCUGUUUGUUUUUAUUCAAGUACUCAGACAUUAAGCUGUACAACACAACUCUUUGCAUUAUGCCAAUAUAAGCUGGUGGUUAUCUGCUUUAUGUUUAUUGCUUUUACAGACUCUGUUAGCACUAUUUUCUUGGUAUAAUGAAGUUGAUUUGUGAUUAAAGUUUUAUAUCUUACCCAGCCUUACCCUACAGUGUUAGCUUGACUUUGUGAGAAUGUUUUUCUUGUUGUGCAUUUGGUUGUGAAAAAUGUCAGCUGUUUUUGUAAUUACUUGUCCAAAUAUAUACAAACUGGUCAAUCCAACAUGUAGACAGAAAUAAACUUUAACGUGUAAAGAAAUGUUGUCAUACAGUAUUACCGGAAACGUAUACAUCUUUCCUGUUUAUUAAUUAUAUGAAAAAUGCAAAAUCAAGGUAAUAACUUUUAACUUUUAUGAAACUAAAUUUCAACAAUACCUAAUCAACAUCAACUAAGCAGAACAUUGCAAAAGUAUUCAUAACUUUUGGAUUUGAGACUUUAUGUGAUAGACCAACACAAAGUAGUGCAUAAUUGUAACAAAUUAUUUACUAAUAAAGUUCUGAACAAUUUGG